AUGCCCACCAUCGAUGUCACUAAAGACCUCUCGGCGCUCUUCACCAAACAGGCCUCUGCAACACCAAAUGCCAUUGCUCUCGAGGACACUUCAGGCACAUACACUUAUGCGGAGUUAGAUCGCGAGGUUGAGUCUCUUGCACGUCGCCUUCGCGCGUACGGAGUUGGUCGAGACCGUCUGGUUGGUGUGCUCCUGCCGCGCAGUGCUCAUUAUGUGAUUGCCUGCCUGGCUGCUCUGCGCGCUGGAGGAGCAUUCCUUGUUCUUGAGCUUGCGUACCCUCCAGAUUUACUCUCGGAAGUGAUUGAUGAUGGCAAUCCAGCUGUUGUAAUCACUUACAGGGCCGAGGUUGGUAAGAUCCAAGGUGGUGCUCCCUUGAUUAUUCUCGACGAGCCCCCGACGGAUAGCAAUGGACAUACUCAACAACCGCCUCCACUCCCGGCUGAUGAUGACCUGGAUCGACUGGCCUUUGUGUCAUAUUCAUCGGGAACAACCGGCAAACCCAAAGGCAUUGCAAAUCCUCACCUGGCGGCAGUCCUAUCUUACAAUCUGCGAUUCGGUGUGCAAGAUGUUGGCCCUGGUGACCGUGUGGCUUGCAAUGUCUUCUUUAUCUGGGAAAUCCUGCGCCCGCUGCUGCGAGGCGCGACGGUCGUGGCUGUUCCAGACGAAGCGAGCUACGACCCUGCUGCGCUCGUCGAUCUGCUCUCUUCCAAAAACGUCACCGAAACUCUCAUGACACCCACCUUGCUGGCAACGGUCCUCUCCCGCCAUCCACACCUCGGGGAGCGCCUGCCAAGUCUGCGCACCUUGUGGCUGAAUGGCGAGGUCGUGACCACCGAUCUGGCUCAUCGAGCCAUCCAGGUUCUCCCGAACACACGCCUGCUCAAUUGCUACAGUGCCUGUGAAACUCACGAGAUCGCCUGCGGAGAUAUUCGGGACAUGCUCGAUGAGGAGGCUCUCUACUGUCCUGUUGGGCCUCCGCUGGACCCAAAACACACCUAUAUUCUUGACGAGAACAGUCAAAAGGUGGAUACUGGGGUCAGUGGGGAGCUGUUUGUGGCCGGUCCUCUGCUGGCUCGGGGGUACCUGAACCUCCCGGAGACUACGGCAAAAGCGUUCAUAUCAAAUCCGUUCGAUCAACAAUCAGGCUCUCGCCUGUAUAGGACAGGGGAUCUCGCUCGAAUUCUUCCGUCGGGGCUUCUUGAGAUUACCGGUCGCGUUGGGUCGAUGAUCAAGCUGCGCGGGUAUUCAGUCGUGCCAGCCAAAGUUGAAAGUGAUAUUGUCAGGAAUCUGGCAGUCCGCCACUGCGCCGUCAUUGCUCAUGGAGACGGCCUGGAUCGGCAGUUAGUCGCAUAUAUUGUCCCCGAUAACGAUGACCCUGCGGACCGGCCCGCUGUCGAGAUUAAUGAAUCCGGCCACAGCCCCUCAGCCCGUCGUACCCUCGCUCCAUUCCUUGCUCACUAUAUGAUCCCAGCUCUGUGGGUUUGCCUUGACCAAUUACCAACUCACGAGGUCACCGGUAAGGUUGACCACUCUCGCCUUCCUCCACCACGGAAGCCGGAUUUAGUCAACGGAAACGGACAGAAAGCGCAACAGGAUCCAAUUGGCAUUAAUCAUGUGGCGGCUAUCUGGGCGGCUGCCCUGAAGACCUCGAAAACCCUCUUGAAACCCGAUGAUGACUUUUUUGAUCUUGGUGGACAUUCAUUGUCUCUCGCUGAUUUGUCCUCAAGACUAUCGAGACACUUUGGCUUCCGUGUUCCUAUAGCUCGCCUUGCAGAGAAUGCAACCCUCAAGGGGCAUCUAGAGACGGUGCGUGCGGUGAGGGAUGGACACACGGAGGCAGUUCAAGCCGAUCUCCCGGCUGUCUUGCGGGCCGACUGCAUUUUAGACGACGAUAUCAAAUCGUCAAAUGCGACCAUCUGCUCCGCCAGUAAGGCCGAUACUAUACUUUUGACCGGUGUCACGGGAUUCCUGGGUGCUUUUCUUCUCCAUGACCUGUUGGAAACCACCUCCGCUCAUAUAAUCUGUCUGGUGCGCUUCAAUGAACCGGCCGAUGAUGAUCAGCCAGGAGGUGUCGCAAGGCUCCGUCGUAACCUCCUGGAUCUGGGAUUGUGGCGAGACUCGAUAAUGGAGCGAAUUGAGAUUAUUCCGGGAAAUCUCUCGCGAACUCGGUUCGGACUUCCGCAAGAAGCGUUUAAUGACCUCGCUGCACGAGUCCAGGUCAUAGUACAUGCCGCGGCCACAGUCAACCUCGUUUAUCCGUAUGCUGCAUUGCGCGGGCCGAAUGUGGGAGGCACGCGAGAGAUUCUUCGUCUAGCAAGCAAGGGAGGUGCAACAGUGCAAUAUGUCUCAACAAAUGGCGUUUUGCCCCCAUCUCCGGACCAAGGAUGGCCUGAAGAUGCCAUACUCGAUGUCAACGAUGUUCCAGAAAAGCUUUUGGAUGGGUAUGGGCAGACGAAAUGGGUGGCUGAGCAGCUCGUCCUUGAGGCUGGGCGUCGUGGGUUGCCGGUUAAAAUCCAUCGCGCAGGCACAAUCAGCGGCCAUAGCAAGACUGGUUCCGCAAACGCGUGGGAUCUCUUCUCCGCAUUGAUUGUUGAGUCUAUCAACAUGGGCUAUGCCCCUAAUGUAGAGGGUUGGCGGGCUGAGAUGACUCCUGUGGACUUUGUUAGCAAGGCCAUCGUUCAUCUGGCAACUCAGACUCAGACUGAACAAACAGUCUUACAUCUGGGAGAUCCAAAUCCUGUCCACACCCAAGCCGUCUUCGAUGCCCUGGAGGAACUCGGUUACCCCACGCAGCGGCUUGGAUGGGACGAGUGGGUCGCCCUGUGGACCCAGACUAGAGCCGGCGUGAAGGGUGGCGACGGUGCCUUCACUGUUGACAUCCUCCGCAGUGGAAUGCCGACAGUCGACUUUCUGCAGGGCAUUGUGGUGCUCAACAAUGCCGCGACACGACCAUUCCGCGCAGAGGUGGAACGACCUAAGGUAGACCAGGCGUUGCUGGAGACUUACACACGCCACUGGUUCGCCAGAGGGUGGCUUCCGCGAGCCCCUAUCCGCAAACAUAGCCUGUGCAGAUCAAGUAAUACGAUCAAGGGUCCACUGAGCGGACGCGUGGCUGUCGUCACAGGUGCAUCGUCUGGUAUCGGUGCCGCUGUGGCUACGGCUUUGGUCAAAGAAGGGUGCCACGUCGCCCUGGCUGCUCGUCGCCUGGAUGCCCUGGAGGCUGUCCGGGCCAAAUUCACAACCGGCGGAGGGAAGGUCAUUAUUCGAAAGACUGAUGUUACGAAUAGGAGCCAGGUUGAAGCGCUACUCCGGGACGCAAACGAUGAGCUGGGUCCGGUCGACAUCCUUGUCUCCUGUGCAGGUGUCAUGUACUUUACGAUGAUGGCCAACACACAGAUGGAGGAGUGGGAGCGCACUGUCGACGUCAACUGCAAGGGACUCCUGCAUUGUCUAUCCUCUACCGUACCGGGCAUGCUCUCCCGAGGCGGUGGCCACAUUGUGGCUAUUUCCUCCGAUGCCGGACGCAAGGUCUUUCCUGGGUUGGGCGUCUACUCGGCCAGCAAGUUCUUCGUCGAGGCUACGUUGCAAUCCCUACGUCUUGAGACAGCCGGAACGGGUCUACGUGUCACCAGUGUGCAGCCGGGUAACACGGCCACGGACUUGUUGGGGAUGUCCACUGAUGAAGAGGCUGUGAAGAAAUAUGGAGAACCGUCCGGAGCGAAGAUCCUGGAUCCAGAGGAUGUUGCAAGAUCGAUUAUUUACGCAUUGCGUCAGCCUGCCCACGUCUCCGUCAACGAAGUGUUGAUUGAGCCGAGAGACGAGCCGAUUUAG